AUCCAACCAACCGAAGAAGACAGUACAAGCACAAGAGCCCAGAGCAGCAGAGCUAGUUUCUUCCGAGUCUCCAUUUCUCCCUGACGCGAGUUGCUUGGUGCUGGUGCGGUUGCUCCAGUCGUUCAGCCAUGGCUCUGGACGCGAGAUCCCUGCCAGCGGUGUCCGUCCCCGCCCUGGACGACGUCGGCGACGCGAGCCCGUGGUCCGGGAACCGCCGCGGCGGCGGUGGCGCUCCGUCGUCCGAGACGACGACGGCCGUGGACGUGGACGUGCCGGCGCUGUGGAGCGACGAGGGGAGGAUGAAGCGGGAGCUGGUGGCUUGGGCCAAGGCCGUGGCGUCCAUGGCCAUCAGGGAAUCGAUGCACUGCUAAAUUGCGCGCUAAGCAGUAAUCAAGCACGCAAUCAUUUGGGGGCAGCGAGCGAGGAAAUUAACUAGAUCCUUUUUUUUCCUUCUCUUAUCUGUGAGUCCUUUUCUUGGCGGAGCGGAUCAAUUUACGCGACGAAGAAUGGCCGCCCUCCGUGGUGGUGCUUCUUCCCGGCCAUGUUUGUUGUUCGAUCGAUUUGUCGAUCGGCCUGUACAUGAUUUUUUGGAAAGGAUGGAAGAGAAUUUGACCAGGAUGUAUAUUUUUCCA